AUGGCCAAACUACAAGCUGCUACUGUAUCAAACAAAAUAGUUCGGAAGCGCAAGCGGAAAGAUGACGAAGAUGCGGAUUCGGACACGAACUCAACCAAUUCCGUCAAAUCCACGGUCGAGGUAGUUCAAGAAACUCCAGGCACAGCUGGCAGUAGAACUAUUCCCACAAAAGAAACUGAUGGUGGUAAAAAGCCAAGACGUGUAUCGAAAGUUAGAGUUCCUCCUGCGCUCGCCCGAAACGAAUCCUCUUCCACAAAUCCAGUUACCAGUGCCAUUCCAUGGCCUUCAUCCUUCCAGACCCUCGAAAAGACCCAUCGAGCGUUGAACUUAGUCUACACAUUCUGUUCCACUCGAAAGCAUUUAGCUACUACAUUCGAUAAUCUUAAGUCUGCUGUAGAGGGUCAUAUACAGCGAGAAUUGAAAGUUGAGGAUGUGGCGCAGAUAGUGGCGUUGCGUCCGGGAGGAAUGAAUUUCGUCUAUGUUGAUGAGGCGAUACUGCAAUUGGAUGUUAGGGGUGCAGAGAGAGAUGAGACUUUUAAAGGCGGGAGAGUUAAGAAUUGGUAUGCUGCUGGCCCGGCGCCGGAUGCUUCUGUAGGUGGGCUUACAGGGGCCGAGGGAUUGGGGUAUGGAGAGGGGGGAAAUGAGAAGGGCAAGGAAGUCCUGUUGUUUGAGUUCAUAGAUGGAGAUUUGAAGAGACAAGUUCAAAGUAAGAAGACAGGUGAAGCAGUAAAGGCAUCCAGGAAACUAAAGGAUGAGGAAUUAAAGAUGCCGGUUUUCAGUCAAAAACAGAUGAUGGGUUUAAUCGAGAAGAGGAAUACAAAGUUUGUCAGUGCAAUCAAUGCAUUUCUUAAUCGUUGCGAUGCAGAUGGUAUUGAUGCGGAAGAGACUUUACUCAAGGAGGCCGAGCCAUUGAAUCCUAUCCCAUCGCUUUCGAGAAGUAGUACACCAAAACCCGAUUACAGCACUUUACCAAAGAACAUACCCAAAGAACGAGCAAGUAUAUCAGAAAUCAUAAAAGAAAUUAAAGAAAGCGAAUGGUAUACUGGUCAAAUCGUACCUGAUGGUCAUCGAGUGUUCGAUCCUCAAGAAGCUAUAUAUGGAGAUUUGAAUUUUGUUCUCAGUCAAAAUCUCGUCAAUGCUUUGUACAAUACCAAGAACAUCACGCAGUUUUAUACUCACCAAGCUGAAGCUAUAAACAACCUUCACGAUGGUCAUAAUGUCAUUGUGGCGACUUCAACUAGUUCUGGCAAGUCCUUGAUUUACCAGAUUCCCGUCCUACAUGAACUCGAGAAAGAUCCUCAUUCUAGAGCAAUGCGAUAUUUCCAACCAAAGCUCUAG